AUGAUGCAAAAGGCCAUAGAAAAUCUGUCGCAAACAUUGAGACAUCCAAGCGAUCUGCAUGCAAAGCUCGACACCGUACAGAGAAAUUCCAAGGAAAAGUAUGAAAUCCAUAACCAGAAUCUUAUAGCAAUGAUUUCAAGGUGUUAUACUAGCAUUUUCGACACAUCAAAAAGCAUAUCUGAGCUUGAUCAGCAUUUCCAGAUGUUUGUUGAGUGCAAAGAUAAGAAUGCUGAUGUGCUCAGAGGGUUCUUUUCUCUUGUCAAAGAAUACAAAUCUGUGAAGAUGAUCUGCCUGGCACAUUCUAAUCUUAGCAAAGUGAUUGAGGUUUCGGAGAAACUUAAGAGCAUAGAUAAUCCAGUUGAAUCAGAAGACAUUAUGGUGUACCAUAAGAAUGUCUAUGAUGCCGAGGAUUUUGGAUGUCUGCUUGAGAUGUACAAAUCUGAUGUUUCUCAUGACGAUUACAUCGAGGUGAGCAAGGCAUUGAAUACGAUUGAGAAGAACUCCUUGGAUUUUACUGCAAAGGUGCUUGAGGCAUGCGAGGGGUUUAUUGAAAACUAUGAGAUUAUAGGCAAGCUUCAGAAGAUAAUUGAGAAGGAGGAAGCAAGAGAUGAAUUAACAAGGAAGGUUCAGGCUGGAGAGGGAAGCGAGGACUUGGUGUUGAAAGAACUGAACAGGAUGUAUAGAAUGUAUCUUACAAGGAAUCCAAAGAUGCUGAAGAGCAGGGUGAUGAAGGCAAUUGGAGUGUCGGUCAAAAACAAAUUUGAUAAGCUCAGGAACGAAGAGAUCUUUGUUAAUAAGAUGGAUUUCAUACUUGAUGAUCUUGUGUUUGUUGAUGAGAAUAUGAACUUUAACUUUUAUGCAUUUGAUGAGAUUCUUGUGAUGUACCAUAGCAACCUGAAGCUGUUUUUGGAUGAUGUUGCGAACAGGCUGGAUGCAGGGGAGAUUCUUGCGAUUAUAGAGUAUACUGGGAACUACCACAAUACGAUUGAAUCGAAAUUCAACAGAAUACCGGACGCACUGGGUAAGCGUCUUAUUGAGAAUGAAAAUGAGCUGCUUGAGAAGUACUCAAAGGUUGCGCAGGAAAAGCUACGAGAGUGGAUAAUAAACAUAACAAAGCUUGAGGUGGAGAAGUUUUAUGCAAGAAGCGAAGAUUUGCCUAGAGACGAGGACGAUAAGCUAAUAAGCCCUGGAUUUAUUAGUCUUCUGCAAAUAAUUAGGAUGCAGCUGGAGCCUAUUGGAUUCAACAAAAGAAUAUUUGCACAUAUCACAAAGACCGUGACUAAGUAUUGCGAGAUAUUUAAGGCAAAUCUGAUUGAUGCGAUGGAUAAGGAUUUUGAGCCAUCUUGUGAAAUGAACAGUAAAGUAGGUUAUGAGGACUUCUGCAUUAUGUUUGGGAAUAGCGGGCUAAGAGUAGCUCAAUACAUCACUUCUCUACCAGCAUACCACAAUGACGAAAUCAAAGAGCUGUGUGACAUAUUCAUCGACAUUCUAAAAGCAUCAAACACGUAUCUAUCUGAGUUUAUAAUAUACUCAUGCCAGCCAGCGAUUGAUAAGAUUUUUACAAAUGAAUGGUACGACAGCCAUGCAACGAAGGUUAUGAUGCUGACGCUUCAGGACUUUCUGAACGAUUACAAGAACACAAUGAGUGAAUAUUCGUUCAUAACGUUUAUCCACGAGCUUUCAACAUCGAUUGUGCUUGCAUACAUGAAGCAGCUUGGAAGAAAACGAGCAAUCAUAACUGAGUCAUGCAAUAGGAUGCUGAGAUACGACCACAAAAAACUGCUAGACCUGCUUGGAGGAUAUGGAGAUAGAGAAGAUGUAAAGGCUGCGCUGGAGCCGCUGCUGAAGAUCAUCCCACUGAUUGAAACAAGAAAUGAUGAUCUUUUCAUCGUAGAAGUGAAGUCCUUGAAGUUUACAUAUCCGGACAUCAGCAAGAACUUCAUCAGAACAGUUAUAAAGAAGAGAGAUGAUCUCAGUGAUGAACAGAAAAGAAAGUUCGGUGAUAGACUCAAAGAGUGUUUUACUGAUGUUAUAAGUAAAGAAAAAACCAUCUUUUCAAGACUGACCACGUUAUGA